AUGACUUCAAUGUAUGGCGGUAUACUUUGCACUGCUGUAAUUAUCUUAGCCGGCAUCAGUAUACAAAACAACAAUACACCUCUGUUAAACACUUAUUUAUCUAAAAAUAUUUCGUCUACAAAACCAUAUGCUACAUUUGAAGAAUUCUAUCCAUUCUAUCUGACUGAACAUAGUCAAAAAACGACUCGACAAUUUCAUUACGUAGGCACAACUCUGUUUUUUCUUUAUCUUCUUACAACACCGAUUCUCUCCAUUUCACUUCUUGCUGGUGGUCUAGCUGCUUAUGCUACCAUUCCAUUCUCUCGUCAUUUAUCUACUGGUCUAUCUGAAGUAGCGGUAUUUCUCACAGUUUACUUUCUCAGUGGAAAGCUUCUAACACGUUCAUUCAUCAAAACAGCGAUUCCACUCCUACUGGGAUACGGAUUUUCGUGGAUUGGUCAUUUCGGUUUCGAACACAAUAAACCAGCUGCAUUCAUUUAUCCGACGUACAGUUUCUUUGGUGACAUUCAUAUGAUGUACGAUGCAAUCAGAGAUCAAUUGACUCUAGAUUGA